AAAAAGUUGCAUUGUAUAAACAUAACAUAUUUAAUUACAUAUCUUAUUGUAUUUAACAAACGAAGUAUUAUCUGGUCAUUUUAAAUUAACACACUUGGCCAAAACUUCCGUCCAGCAUGCGUUUUUAUUUGAGUACGUUGACCUUGUAGUAUGCAUUAUCUCUGUGUUGCUAUCUUGUAGGAAUUUUUAAGCGUGGCAACCGACUUAAAGGUGCAGCUCCUUUCGCCAUCACUGUCUAGGGAGCAGCGGGGUGAAGUGGCAUCGAGGCUACUCUUAAGAAAUCUUGGGCGCUCUUUCCAUCUUGUGAUUUUCAAUAUUGUUGCAACAAAUUUUGUUGAAACUUCGACCAGCGACCCUGCGGUUGAACAGCUCUUGCAAUUUGGCCGCAUGCCGUCUCCAAGGACAGUUUCAGGGGCAGCUUCAGAGGACGUAGUGGUAUAUCCGAGCUGAUGCGUCAUGAAUCGGGUUUUCUGCGUUCUAAAAUCUCUUCACAAGAAUGGGUCUUGCUUGCAACUAGAGUCGACACGUGAUGGGAUCCGGGAGCUGGCGGAAGAUCCGGAAUUGAAAAAGUGCCAUACAUGUGUUCUUUGUUGACCUCGGGCGACCGUAGGCAAUUGACCCAACACUUCCUUCAUGCAUUCGGGUCAUUACCUGCAAGUCGUUAUCCAACUCGAUUAUGAGAUAAAAGAAGUUUCCUUAGAUGUUUGGGGAACCAAACCUUAUUUCUAUUCCUCGACUGAGCAGAGAAUAAACUGAACUGUGAGUAGAUCUCGUCUAUCCGUUCCUGUCAGUGUACAGUUUCUCUCGCAGAAUUCUUGGGUCCAUCUUCGAGGCCGCUCACUCCAUCGAGAUUGCACCAGAAUGUCAAGUGUUUCGCAGAAAGAGGAUGCUUCUUGGGCAGAUCCUUCGCUUCUCGUUGGUCUGCCCAUGGCCGUCAGAGCUGCUCUCAUGCUGAACGUACCGAAGAUCAUAGAUUCAGCGCACCCGAAGCUCUCAUUGUCAGCGGAAGAGAUUUGCAAGCAUGUGUCCACUACUAGAGAGCAUACUCCAAAAUCUGAGAAUCUUGAGAAAAUCCUGGACUGGCUUUGCUGCAAUGGAAUUUUCUCUUUGAUCAUCGAGGAAGGAGACGAUGGCUCGAAAGUGAAAAGAUAUGCGCACAGUCCCAAAUCUCGAUGUCUUUCCAGGGAUCAAACCGCCGACAUGUUGCUCUUAUACACUUGUCCUGAGCUGACCAGAGUGUGGCCUCACGCACAUGAGAUCGUGCUCAGUCCUGACGUUUCUCCCUUCGAGCUCGUCACAGGAAAGAACAUUUACACAUACUUGGCAGUGGAUGCUCCACAUGUCCAAGAGUUGUUCGUGAGAGGGCUGAAUAGAACAGCUGGUCCAGCGCUGGGUCUACUCGAGAAGUACGACGAGACUUUCAAGGCUUUGAAGGGUCGAGUGGUGGAUGUGGGAGGCCAGGAAGGAACAAUGUGUGCAGGGCUCGUGGCCAAAUACCCCCACCUGCAAUUCGUCAAUUUCGAUCUGCCGGAAGUGGUCAAAGGAGCUCCACAAAUCCCCGGAGUAGAGCAUGUCGGCGGCAGUUUCAAAGAAAGCGUGCCGGACGGCAACCUAUUGAUCAUGAAAUUCUGCCUGCCGAAUUGGGAUGACGAAACCUGCAUCGGAAUUCUUACGAACUGCCGGAAAGCCCUGCCAGUGGCCGAGGGCGGUAAGAUGCUCAUUAUGGAGCCACUAGACAGAUCUACAGAGGCGACGGAUGCUCACAACGAGGUCGCCAGAAGGGGAUCACUGUGCACCAAUUUCCAGAGCACCGUAAUGUUUAGUGGAGCCAGGACGAGAACGGUGGAGCAGUUGAGGAGCCUGGCAUUGGCAGCAGGCUUUUCGCAGCUAGAAUUCGUGAACAACUUUACGGGCUUUGAUCUCCUGGAAGCAAGCCUCUCACCCUCUGGACACUCGCAAUAGUUGUUCUUUGGGCCGGCUCAUCGACCCUGACUCCUCUUGUUCGCUCUAUCAGUCGCUCCAUGAGUCUGUAGUACUCGACUGCAGCAACAGUCGAAGAAAUCAUCGGAGCUAUGCAAAUAUUUGUGAGCAUUUUAUUAUGGUAAUCUUGGUUGUGGAUGUCCGUUUCGUAACUUCGUAUGAGUUAAACAAUUGAAGGAGUUUCAUGUGUAGUCAUUGUUUUGCCCUCUACUAAUGUGCUUUCAGUUUCGAUUCACAUAAACAGUGGAGCAAUGUCAUAGUCUGUGGUUGAUUUCUUGCAAGACC